CACGAUAAACUCCAGUAGACCAACCCAACUCUUAAAUUUAGUUUUCCCCAUCUUCUCUCUCUCUCUCUCUCUCUCUCUCUCUCUCUCUGUGAAUUAAUCGAAAGAUGCUGCAGUCCACCACCAACCUCCAUGGCAUCUAUGGCCUUCCUCUCUGUGUUUCUGGCUUCACCCACCAUCUCACUUUCUCCAAACAGAUGGCAGAUCAUGAUGAGAGAAGAAAAGCCAUGAAGGAGAAGAGGUCAGCCAAGGAAAUGGGUAAUGAUUUGCAGAGAAGAAGCCAUGGAAGAGUUCUUCGAGAUCAGAUCAAUGAAGCUGAUCAUGAUUAUGAGGUUGUUGAUCGUAUAGAUCUAGCUACUAUUCUACAAGAUCUGUACUGUGUUACUGCUGCUGCUGGUCAUUUUGCUUGUGCAGCAAAAUCUGCAUAGCUAGAAUUAGAAAUAAAAAGGAAAGCAAAAAGUUUUAGGGUAAAAAUAUUUAGAGUAUUAUCUAAUUUAAUUAAUUAUAAAGUAUGUAUGACUUAAUUUUCUAAUAUUUAACUAUAUUAUAUACUUUAACCAUAUAUGCAGUGGUCUAGUUG